AACAGAAGUCGUCCAGGGGCGGGGUCGCCAGAGGUUCCUCCCCCAACUGAGAAGGGGGGGUUCGUAGUGUGGUGGGAUGAAUUUAGGGAGGAGGAAGAGGAGAAGCUUCUUCGGCUGCCGACUUUAAAACUGUGUUUCUAGGCGCCUCCUCCUCCUCUUUCUCGUAGGGUUCGCCGUCACGUGGGAAGGGAGGCGGAGACGCGGGUCUUGUGUGGGACUAUAAUGACGGCUGGGCGGGCAGAGGAGAAGAGAGAGGCAGACGCUGACGCCGCCGUGAUUUGAGUCUUGCCGGGAACCCUCCCUGAGGCUACCGAGCUGCCGAGGCGGGAAAGGGUAGCAGCAGCAGCGAUGCCGCACAGAGGCAAUCCCGGGAUCCCGUUCUGAGGGAAUGGUGGAGGAGGUGCAGGGAAUGGCCGCUCCGCCGGAGCUCCACCAGGAUGCGGUGCUGCGCUUUCUCGCCGAGAGCGGCGGGCGGGCGCGCAACGCCGACCUGUUGGACCACUUCCGCGGUUUCCUCCACUCGCCCGACCCGGAGCGGCGCGCCCGGGCCCGCGAACACUUCAAGGAUCUGGUCAACGCCGUGGCCGUCGUCAAGCAAGAGCCCGGCUCCGGGGCCAAGUACGUGCAGCUGCGCAAGAAGUACCGGGGCGGCGGGGCUGGAUCCAAAGCAGCGGCUGGCGACAGCGGCGCUUCAGUGACGGACCCCGAGCUGGCCUCGGAGACCCUGCCCGCAGGGAGCAGCGGCGACGGAGAUGCUGCUGCUGCCGCCCCUGAGGCGCCUGGAGGGGGACGGGACGCCACCGCGGAGCCUGAGGCGGCCUCAUGCUCUCCCCCUGGCGCGGAGGAGGAGUCCGGAGGCCCGGACAAGAAGCGGGUCUCUCCCCCGGGGCGUGAGGGCGACCGGGAGGCUGAGGAGGAGGAGGCCCCGCCGCCCAGCCUGGCCGCGCCUCUCGCCUCAGGCGCCCUGCCCGCCGCCGCCACUCCGAGGAGCGGGCUGAAGACCUUCCGGGAGCGCAUCAUGGGCAGCUCCCCUCAGGCGAAGCGCGGCGGCGGUUUUCUCCCUCGGGCGGGCGGCGGCAGAGACCGGGACUCGGAUAGCGGCUCGGUGGCGUCGUCGUCGGCCGAGGAGGAGAGCAGCAGCAACGGCGGCGGCGGCGGCGGCGGCGGGGGCUCGGUGGCGCUGGACCCGCUGGAGCACGCCUGGAUGCUGUGCGCCUCGGACGGGCGCUGGGAGGCCCUGGAGGGGCUGCUGAGCUGCGAGCCGUCACUGCUGUGCAAGCGGGACUUCAUCACAGGCUUCAGCUGCCUGCACUGGGCCGCCAAGCACGGCCGCCACGAGCUGCUGGCCCUGCUGGUCAACUUCGCCCACCGGCACCGCCUGCCCGUCGACAUCAACGCGCGCACCAGCGGCGGCUACACCGCCCUGCACCUGGCCGCCAUGCACGGGCACCUCGAGGUGGUCAAGCUGCUGGUGGGCGCUUACGACGCCGACGUGGAGGUGCGGGACUACAGCGGCCGCAGGGCCGCGCACUACUUGAGUGGCGGCACGGCCGAGGAGGUGCGCGGCCUGGUGGGGGCCCUGCAGGACGAGGCCGACGGCGGCGCUACCAACGGCAGCGGCCGCUGGAAGCUCUCCAAGGUGCUCCCGUCGAACCUCAUCACCUACAAGCUGUCCCAUCACCACCACCACCACGGGGAGGAAGGGGACUCGGCCGAGGGGCAGGGCAAGGGCAAAGAGUUGAACCGCAAAGGCUCUGGCAGCGGCAGGAUCAAGCCCCGGCUCAACAAAAUCCGGUUCCGCACCCAGAUCAUCCACACGACCCCUUCUUUCCGGGCAGAUCCUGAGGAGGAGGAGGGUCAAGAGGAAAAGUCCCUGAAAUCCUCCUUCAAGCUUAGACCCAAAUCCAAUGUUUUUGGAUAAAACAGUUUCUUGUGAACACCUGAUAAUGGAAGGGUGUGUGACUACCUCUAGGGCAGCUUCUUUUGCCUGGAUAGGGCUGCUUGAGGAUAGUCUCCCCAUGCAAUACCUUCAGGUGCUAGACGGGUACAGGGCUAAACAGGAUAGAUAUUCUGAACAGGUGUCUUGAGGCUAAUGUUUACUAAAGUGCCAUAUGGUGGCUGGAGUUCUAAUGGAUCGCUUCAUGUCUGAUUAGUUCUGAUUGUUUGAGUUCUAUGUUUAACAUGUGUGGUUAAAGUUUUGUACAUUGGUACAGUACAAAGUGCUGCUAUUUCUGGAGAUCGCACAUGUCACUGUGGUUUUAACAUGCCUGGGCUGAAACAUAUUAGAAUCCUGGUUAGAGAUGACAUUACUGAACAGUUCCCCAUUAAAAAAAAACAAAAAACCUUUAGUAACACUUCCCCCCUCCCCUGCAUCAGGGAGAUGCUUAUUUUCUUUGGGUGACACUGUUGUUUGUGCGGAGAGCUAUUCAAUUUCAUUAACUCCUCUCUGUGUCUGAUAUGCAGCCAAUACACCAGUUGUCACUUUGACCAAGAAUUAGGUCUAAAAAAGAAAAACUGUAUAUUCACAGCAAAUGUAUGAGAUCGGGAAUCCAUGAUCAAGUUCCUUUAGCUGUGGCUGAAAGCAAUAGGGAGUGAUGAUUCCCAAUAUGGCUCAGGGCUGCAUUGCUAGGAAAGGGGAAUGAAUUCAUUUCUUCUUUAUGUCAUUUCUUGGUUGAAAAUCUCCAUCCCUAGGCUACUUUAGUCUGAUGGGGGGAGAACAAGCAGUAGAGAUAACCUGUGUUUUUUCCAUGUCCCAACAAUGGGGCUAAAAGCAGUUUAGAGAAAUGGUGUGGGAGGAAGAGUUAAUCCACCCUACCACCUUCAAGUAUCACAGGUGAUCGAUAACCCAAUCCAUGACUGCUUUUACAACUAAUCCAGUGAUGUAUGCUGUUUCUCCCUUGCAUCUGCCAGUUCUACCUUCUAGGUACCUGCCUUCAGGUUUUCUUUAACCUGAGGAGAAAAAAAAACCCUCUAAAACUGUAUGGGAGAAUGGGCACUUUAUAUGGCUGAUCGUGAACACGUGGGAAAGUUAAAACAUCCCCUUCCUGCAUAUUGUCCCCUAUAAAUGCCCGUUUUUCCACUGUUACUAUUAAGAGACAUGAUAGCAGGAUCCCAUUAUUUUUCUGAUAGUCUAAUUUUGUCCCUAAGCUUUUUCUACUUGAAUAUGCAUGUAAGAGCAUUUUUUAAAAAUAGCUGUAUGAUAUAUAGGCUGAGUAUAUGACUAAGCCAUGAGGAGUCAACUUUCGUGUAAUACUGAUUGUACGCUAAAGCUGAUCUAAAGGUACAUUUUCCUUUAUUUUAUCAAACUGCAUUGUAAUUCUAAAAUUCUUUACCUGUUGCUCAUAAUCCCCUUGAGAGUAGAGGUAGUAUACAAAUUUUAGCAUAAAUAUUAUGCUGGAGAUAGGUUGAUCAACUGUUCGGUUAAGAUGAAACUGAAAUAAUUGAGUUGUAAAAAUAAUGUGAAUGAAAUGGAUUUCUUUCAGUGAGUAGUUGCAUUCUACCAGUGCUGGUGUGUCAAUUGUGAGUUUUGAGAAAGAAAGGUUCUUGUUUGCCAGUGGGAUGCCUCAGCAGACAAGGCCUUGGGUGUUAAGUGGUAUUGAGACUCUACAUCAACACCAAAAAAGCCUUGCAUACUAAAUUUGAGUUCAGUAACUAUAAACACUUUGAGGACUAAUGGUAGUCAAUUUAACCAUUAAUUUGUUCAGCAAAACACUUCCUACACUGAAAGUCAUUCAGCCCUGGAAAAAAUCUUGGGCUAGAAGAGGUGAGCAGCAAUGAUUCAUAGGCAUAGUAUGAAAUAUUAUGUUUUCUUUAAAUGCUUUUUCCAGCACUUUUAAAAACACUUAUGCUCACCUGGAUUGCUUCAGGAAGAAGCCUAAUGUACAGCAUUGCACCUGUAGAUCCACUGUGCCCUGUUUACAGUUUGCAUGCUUACAUUGGGGAUAGGAAGUUGUUUCUGAGUGCUUGACCCUGUUAUUAGCUACAGUGGGGUUUCCUUGCUAGAGGCUUGUUGUUUGUGUCUGUCCAUGCACACAUUCAUACUUGCAUACAACAGCAUGCGGAAAUCUAAAAGCACAUGCCUGAAGUUUGUUACAGAGUGUUUUAGAAGUUUUCUUUAACUUGAGUCACACUUGGGGAGUAAACAGAUUUGUUUUCUUUAAUUAGUAAAUCUUCUGAGUAAACCUUUGUUAGAGAAGCAUUAGCAAACAUUGUUUCUAAUUUGAAACUUAACAUAGUCUGUAUUUUAGUUCAAAGAAUGAUUAAGAAUAAUGUCUUAGAAGUCUUUGCCAUGAAAAGAUAUUCUCGUUAUUCCAAAGUCAGCAAUUUCUACAAAAUCCAAAUUACAAACUUGUUCUAUUAGCACUUUCUUUUCCAGAAUAAGGAUACUGGGGCUGGUCCUCAGAUGCUGCUGAUGAGUAUAUGAAAGUCAGAUGCUGCCAAAUAAAAUUUAAGACUUGCUAAAGCAUGUAUCUUGAUUAGCCGGUCAGAUACUUUGGAGCUGGUAGUUUUGCACUUAUUUGAAAGUAGCUGAGAAACUUUUCCAAGACCAUGGAUAUAAAGACCUUUGCUUCUGAAAUCAGUGUAGGUUCUAUAAACAGUGAAGCAGAUUAUGCAAGCCCUCUUACACUGCAACUUGCUUUUCAGAAUUUUUGCCAAAGUAAUAAUGUGCAGGCUGUAAGCAUUUGGUCUUCUAUUUUCAUGCCUUUCUUUUGGGAUACUAUGGAAGAGGCGUGGCAACAGGGGUUGUGCGACUUCUGCUGUUUUAUACAUCCGUUUGCAGUAGUGUCUAAAGUUGUCAAAGUAAGCACUACCUUAACUGCCAGUUAAACUGCCACCAUGCAUUUGCCCAUGCGAUGCGCCAUGCGUUUUCCACCAACACUGAUUUGCUCCUUUUUGUAAUGAUAACUUUAUAUUGUAUAUGGCUUUCAAAUUGAAUGAUGGAAAACUUGGCAAUUAACUCAUCCAAAUCUAUGCCAACUGGAGUGUGACAAGUUUAUCUGCAUUGAACUGAGACUGCUCACAUGUGCACACGCAACCGGGACGAUCUAAAAUCCUUGCUUGAAGAAAUUAAUCAUCAAGAACUUAAUAUACAAUCUGCCACACUGCAUAGGUGCUUUUUAAUGUAUACAAACUAGAACAAAUGUAAAGGCAUUCUUUUAAUUUAUAAGCUAUAAUUAAAUGUGCCUUUUGUGAAAUUGUGAAAAGAGCAUUCUGAGCACUUCUGCUCACAUUUCAGCAUGACGGAGGCCAGUGGCAGCUCCAGCUUUCUGCCCACACUUAACUUAUUGUAGCAGCAUCAGUGUUCCAAAGUGUCUGUCUGCACUAUAGCACUAGAUAUUUAAUCUUGUAGCAAAGAACGUAAUGAGACAAUUCUGCUGUGCAGAACUGUGUCCAAAGUAGAACAUCUUUACUACAGAUUUCUUUAAAAUGACCUAAAUGUUUCUAACUUCAGUUUUUCCUGUGUGACCUCCAAGAGGGACAUACUCUACACCAUUCUAUUUUUAAAUGUUGUUUAUCUACUUAGGUAAACUAGUGAUAUGAUGGAUUCAACGUUGUAUUUUUGUAAGUACCUGUCUAUGGAAUUGUUGAUCUAUGUCUAAAAACUUGUAUGUGCUGUUAGUCUCAGUUUCAUCAUCAUAAGAAAAUACUUUGUGCUUUAGAUUCUUGGAAAGGAUUACUCUGUUUUACUGUAGAAAUUUCAGCAAACUUUGUUCCCUGAAGGGUUCUGUAAUUAACUAGAAAUGCCAGGAUUUGGUUAUUAUUGUGAUAUAAUGCCUGGUUACAGUAUACUGAAACAACAAAAGCAUGCUAAUAACAUCAGUAGUAAACAAAAGAGCCUGAUUCUAAAUUCUCACUUGGAAAUACACCCUAUCUGCUCUGGUUUUAUUUUUAUAUGUAAAGUGCUGCUUCUCCCAGAUCUUUAGGGGAAGGUAGAGUGUCAUUUUGGGAUACUGAUGUCUUCUGGUUUACCAGAAAUGUAUGCUUGUACACUACACGUGUAGUCCGAUUCUUACAAGUAGAAUGUUUCACAGAGAUCAAGGUGACUUAACAUCAUUAGCACAGUUUGGUGAUGCAGGAAAAGCUUGUGAUGUUCUGCUUCAGUAUCAUUCCACAUAUUCACAUUAUGCACAAAGUAAUUCCCUAAACUGGAAUCCCUUUGUUUACCUACUGAUUUCACAUUCUUUUAUACAUUCUGCAUUUUUUGUUUGUUUCUCACAUCAAAAGUGUUUUUCAAAGGAAUUUUUUUACUGAUUCUUAUGAUCUAACUUAUGCAUCAAAACCAUUAAUGUGGAUAAUGGGCAGAACACAUGUGGUACAAUAUAGGAGCACUUCAAUUUCAAUUUAAUAGAGGAGGCGUCUAUUUAGCUGUUCCUUUCUGGGAAGAUGUAAAAUGAGAUUGAGCAUAAUUUAAUGUACACUAUAAAAUGUUCAGCUGAAGUACUAGGGAUUUCUUUCUCAGUAAGCACAUAGGAUCAAACUGUACUUUUGUUAACCUUAUAUUGAAAAUGAGGAAAGUAGUUGUGUUUCAAGCUGUAUUGGCAAAUACAGGUUUUUUUUAAAAAAAAAUAGGUGCCUGGAUGGAUGAGUAACUACUAAAUAUUUUACUAAAAUAAAGUGUCAUAGUUUUA